AUGAAAGCACCCGAGACAACUUCUAGAUGCCCUUCCCGAACAGAAGCAGCUGCCUCUCCUGUACCUUCGCGGCAAUUCCCACACAAUUUCGUCAAAGUUCAUGAGGGUGCCGACGUCGAGAACAAAAAGCCAUAUCUGGGCCGCGUUCUGGAUGGCCCACCAGUCCUCUCCCCAGAGAAGUUCUAUCAGGGAGUGAUGCCGACAAGUCUACUCCAGAAUCAUUCUGUGGUGCCAGCUCCUACUCCAACGCUAGACACCAAACCCCCUUCUCCCAUGCCGAAACCAAAGUAUUCUAAACGAAACUCCUUCAUCAAUCGACUCGCCAGAGAGGGUUCUCCGACGGAAAGCCACGAAUUUGUUCAAAACGAAGUGCCACAGCAAUCAGAACAGCAGCAAAAGCUGCCGAACGUGGCAUUGAGCGAGGAACGCAAUCAGUUAGCGGAAGUGGGUGAAGCGUCGAAAAAUGCUCAACCUUCCCUGCCCACUCAGGAACUACCCACAACGAAUCCCCCGCGAAGUGCUCUAUUUACUGAAAAGAGCUUCGAUACAGUCUUCCAAACGGGUGCUGCCUCUGUUGAUAAUGACCGGCAAAUGACUGAAGCGCUUAAAUCGUCCACCUCUAUGAAGGAUGAUCGUCAAAACGGUCUUCCAGAAAAUAGAAUGCCCGAUCUGCUCAAGUCUCGAAGUCCAGCGCCAUUCUCGUACUCUGUAUCGCCAAAUGCAGAAAUCUUCUCACCAGCAACUGUGCAGGAUCUAACUAACAGCCUAAACGAAGCUCUCGCUUCCUUAGCGAAAACACCUCCGGCUUCCAAUGUUACAAGUGAUAGCGGCUACGAUGGGGACGGUACCUUACAGCAGACACCGCAAGAUCACACUCCCAGAGCCGAGCAGUCCUUUAGCGAUCGCAAAUUCGACAAUGUUCCGGAAUCGGUUGGGAAUUGGUCCCGUUCGACCCACGAACAGGCGUCAUCAGUGGCACAGACGAGUUCAGGAGGAGGAAGAAUGGCGAGUCAGGAAAGUCAGCAGAAAGGGUCGGAACUGCCCGCCUCCUCGGUAGCCAUCGCAGCUAGCGCCGAGCCUACAAUGUACGACAAAUUCCUGGCCGGUCCCUCCUCCCACACACCGGAGAUGUCGCUCUGGUAUCGGAAUAUGUUCAAGAAAAUGCACAAGAUCGAAUCUCCUGCUGGGGCCCAUGAUCUCGUUCCAAACUGA